GAAAACGUUUUUGGAUCUUGUAAUUAUAUCUAGUACUAAUUUCAUUUGAAAGUGCUAAUCUUGAAUUAACCUCUUUUAGCACAAUGAAGUAUGUUCUUGUUGUGAUAACACUGUGCAUUGCAAUGUUAAUGCCAGUAAACUGUGCAAUGAAUUCAGAAAAAACACACACAAGAUAUUCUGUAAAGAUGUCUGCGUUUUCAUGGGACAACUGUGAAAGAAACAGCCCAAUAGUUGUGAGUUCUCUGACUGUGUCCCCGGACCCCAUCACCAUCCCAGGGAACCUAACUGGCAGUGCAUCUGUUUCCACAACGGUUGACCUGGCCAGCCCCCUCGCUGCAAUUAUAUCCGUGGAGAAGAAAACCUUUGGGACCUGGAUCAAGAUCCCAUGUGAUAUCUGCACCUACACAGACGUGUGUACUCUGUUGAACCAGCUGAUGCCACCAGAAGAGGGCUGCCCGAAGCUCUUCAAUGGCCAAAUAUGUCACUGCCCCUUCAAAGCUGGGGAGUACAAAGUGUCAAAGACUAACGUCUCCAUCCCGGACCUGAACCUGCCUAGCUUCCUGACCAAUGGAAACUACAGGGUACAGGGAGUCUUGAGAGCUAAGGAAAAAGUGCUGGGUUGCCUUAAAGUGUCCUUUGCCCUUCAAUCUAAAAAGUAUGGCGGACGUUAAGGUUUAAUCGCUUAAGUUGAAUCAUAAUGCAUGGCUGCUUACUGCACUGCUAUAAAAGUAGCAAUCUAAGGGUUUCUUUUAAUGUUCAGUUUUUGACAUGUAUAAUUUUAGUCAUUUCUUGUAAUGGGAAUUUCACCGCCUGUUGGCUUGUACUGCAUGUGGGCAAUUCUCGUCAGUACCUGUCAUUUGAAAUAUCAUUAUUUUGUUGUGCUGUAUUUCAUUUUAAAACCACCUUGCACUUGUGUGUCCUGGUUAGUGAAUUAUGUCACAAUAAUGGUAAACCUCUGCAACUUGACAGUAUGGGCACAAGAUGGCACUAGAGGUUAAAUGUUGUUAAAUCACAUGACACGGUGGGGGUCCUGAGAAGAGGAAUACAGAUUCAAGGCUUGAUUUCACAAACCGGUAGUUUCUCAAGAUUCGGUGCAAAUUGUGUGGGCUUAUGUGAUAAGUACUCACAUUUCAUUUGACUUUCAAAUCAAGUUACAUGGUUAGUACGUGGUACAUUGAAAAGGUCCACAUUUUUUGUGGGAUAGGAUGAAAAAAAUCACAGAGCAUCAUAUAACCUGUUAACCGGUUCCCAUGCCCUUAUAGUAACGGUCCGGUUCCACUUUCAUUCCCAGUUUGGAUUCUGUUCCACAGCCCAUUCAAUCCUAUGAGUGUACAGUUCAUGGUCAUGUUCAUUAGUCCAACAUCAUUUGAAACGGCUUUGCAAUAGAAAACAAUAAACAGUGUUUCUUAAUGGACAAGU